AUGAGGUCUAUCGCACUUCGUCUGUUUGCGUUUGUAGCCCUGAUUGUUCUGGCCGCGGCUUGGACUAAAGAAGAUUAUGAAAUCUUCCGUAUCAAUGACGAACUCGCCGCUGCAGAAGGUCCCAAUGUGACAUUCUACGAUUUUCUCGGCGCCAAACCCAACGCCAACCAAGAUGAAUUGAGCAAGGCCUACCGUCAGAAGUCCCGACUUCUGCAUCCCGAUAAAGUCAAGCGGUCCUUCAUCGCCAACAGCUCCAAGGACAAGUCUCGCUCCAAGUCCUCCAAGUCCGGUGUCCAUGUCAACAGUGGUCCUUCGAAGCGCGAAAUCGCUGCGGCCGUGAAGGAGGCUCAUGAGCGCUCCGCUCGCCUCAACACCGUCGCCAAUAUCCUCCGUGGCCCCGGUCGCGAGCGCUACGACCAUUUCCUGAAGAAUGGUUUCCCCAAGUGGAAGGGAACUGGUUACUACUAUUCGCGAUUCCGUCCUGGUCUGGGAUCCGUGCUUAUUGGCUUGUUUCUGGUCUUUGGUGGUGGUGCGCACUACGCUGCUUUGGUGCUGGGCUGGAAGCGCCAGCGGGAGUUCGUCGAUCGUUACAUCCGUCAAGCGAGGAGAGCUGCCUGGGGUGAUGAAUCUGGUGUCCGGGGUAUCCCCGGUCUUGAUGGUGCCUCAGCUCCUGCCCCAACUCCGGCACCGGCUCCGGAGCCCGAACAGAGUGCUAUGCCUAUGAACCGUCGCCAAAAACGCAUGAUGGACAGGGAGAACCGCAAGGAGGGCAAGAAAGGUGGCCGGGCGACAUCCCGGAACUCUGGAACGGCCACGCCCACUUCCGAGCCUCAGACGGAGCCCACUGGGGAGCGGAAGAAGGUGAUUGCUGAGAAUGGGAAGGUACUGAUUGUCGACUCUCUUGGAAAUGUGUUCCUGGAGGAGGAAACAGAAGAUGGCGAGCGCCAGGAAUUCUUGCUCGACGUCGAUGAGAUUCAGCGUCCGACAAUUCGUGACACGAUGGUCUUCCGCUUGCCGGGCUGGGUUUACUCUAAGACGGUUGGCAGGUUGCUCACUUCAAAUGCCGUGGAUAGCGGUGCUGAGUCAGAGGAGGAGCUUUCCGAAGUCGUGGAGGAGUCGACUGAAGGCACCGCCAGCUCUGCAAGACCUUCCAAGGCAAGGAGGCGGGGAAAGCGGUCUCAGAGAUCGUAA